AUGGAUAACAUCAUCUUAUCCGAGCUUUCCAAAGGCCUUAAGAUAUCCAAGCACGAGAUCACCCCUAACUCAACCUUCCAUCGAGCUGGUGGUGAUUCCAUUACAGCCUUGCGUGUCUCCGCUGCCUGCAAAAGGCAGGGUGUAUCUAUCAACGUGUCGUCCAUCCUCAAUAGUCAAACCAUCUCUGAGCUACUGAAAGGCGCAACAUGGCUUCCCGGCCACGAGGAAACUUUCACACCAGAGGGGACGACCGAAAAUAGACACAUCAUUGGGGACAGAGAUGCAUCCGCAUCACCGAGUCUUGACGCUGCUACCCCUGACAACUUGUCUUCGGCUACGACCAGCACAAAUGGCACGAAUGGCAUCAACGGAAUCAACGGCAUAGAUGGUGCGCAUGGCAACCCCGGUAUAAUCAAGACGCAUGACUCUCAAGGCAUGCAAAUGCAUCAGAGAAGCAGCAGACGUACCGACGCCGGUGUUUGCAAGAUGAUGUCUCUCCAAUCUUCUCUCGUGCUGGACACUAGGGCAAGGCCGGGUAACAAUGUUAUUAGCUAUUUUCAAGAGUAUUUGUACUCGCCGGCCCUAGUUGCCACUUUGAAACGGGCAUGGCAACAAGUCAUUCGGUCGGAGCCUAUUUUUCGCACCGUCUUCGACGACGAAAUGUUUUGGGACGACGGAAUGGCCCUUUUCUCAUGGUCAGAGAGCAUCCACCAUGACGAAGGACAGUUUGAGCAAGAGCUCCAGUCCACCAGCACACCGGGGAUGCUGGAUCCGGCGACGGAAUUCAAGGUAGUGACCCUGGUGGGGAAGAAGAGCGUCCUUGUCUGGCACGUCCAUCACGCUCUCGUUGAUGGAUACUCUGCGCACUUGCUCCUGCAAAAGGUUGACACGGUGAUGAAUGGCGGCCAGAUUAGCCAAGGCUAUUCUUUCGCCGACUUGGCCCGCGGUUGGCAAAUGUACCAGGCUGUAUUUCAGCAACAAGCGACAGGAUUCUGGAGAGAGUACUUGACGGGCAUGACGGCCGUCAACAACGAUCUACUACUGCCACCGCCUCAGGACCAGCAUCAUGGCGACACGCCGUCGUCAGGUGUUGCCACCUUUUCCGUACCUCUGCAAGGUAGCCUGCGAUUCGCCCAAGCAAAUGAUUUGCCACUCUGCUCUAUAUAUUACGCCGCCUGGGCACUGACUCUCUCCAUUUACACCGGGUCAGACUCUGUUAUGUUUGGCGUCUUGUUCGCCAAUAGGUCGCUCCCGGUUCCCGCCAUUCGAGAUACCGUCGGCCCCAUGAUGAAUACCCUGCCGCUGUUGUUGUGUCUAGAUCGGAGAAAAACACUGAGAGACCUUCUUCACUACACGGCUGAGCGCCUAUCCAAGCUUCGGGAAUAUGAGUGGAGUGUUCCCGACGAGCGCUGCCCGAUGACAUCGGUCUUGGCCAUGCAGUAUGACUACGAGGCCAAUACGGAUCCAAAGUUUCAAACUGAAUCCUGUUAUACUAGACUGCAGUCGAGCAUCCCCGUAAAUUUGUUUCUUGGUCCAAAGGACAGAAUCCAGAUCAACUACGACAAGAAACUUUAUGACCAUUCAGACAUUGACAAGCUGGGUCAAAUGUACACUCACGCUAUCGGUGCUCUUAUAGGGUCCGAAACAAUUCUAUUAAAUGAGUAUUUCAGGCGCCCUCUCCCACCCGGCAUGUGGAAGGAAAUCAUGUUGAACGGCAACUGUUCAUCAACCCAAAGUCGGUGUCAAGGGGAAGAAACACUGACGAGCCUCUUUGAUGAUCGUCUUGAAAGCAUUCCGAGCGCUCCCGCCGUCAUCAGAGGGGACAGCUCAAUUACCUAUGCUCAACUUGACGAGGCAGCCACAAAGGUGGCGUCCAGCUUGUGCAAGACGGUAUCUCCAGGUGACGUCGUAUGCGUCCACGCUGAUCGCUCCAUCAACUGGAUCAUUGCCAUCUAUGCAGUCCUCAGGGCUCGGGCAGUGUAUUGUCCUUUGGAUCCGGCCAUACCUGCAGAGCUGAGGGAUACCUAUUUUCAAACCUCCGGAAGCGGACUGUUUCUGUCCACCUGGGACGUAUGCAAAGACAAGAAACCACAGUCAACGCGUCUCUGCUAUUCUGUGGAGGAGCUUCUACAUCGCGCGGCAAACCCCUCCGAUGUGUCCACUCUCUCACAAAGACCCACCGCAUCUAAGAAGGAUACAGCAUACCUUUGCUUUACCUCUGGCUCUUCUGGCCUGCCCAAAGGAGUUGCAUGCACUCAUGAGGGGAUUGUGGCCUUUCAGAAAGACUACGACGCUCGUCUUCGCAUGCGGCCACAUCUCAAAGUAGCCCAAAUCAUGUCUCCGGCUUUCGAUGGAAGCAUACACGAGAUAUUUUCCAGCUUGUCUUAUGGUGGAACCAUUUUACUCAGCGAGACAGCCGACGUAUUGAGUAAUUUGCAGAAAGCUGAUGUUGCCAUGAUAACCCCGUCAGUCGCGAAACUAUUGAACCCUCGCGACUACGAAAAUCUCGAGGCCAUUUACCUGGUCGGGGAGCAUCUUCCACAAGCUGUUUGCGAUGCGUGGUCUGCCGUGAUGCCCGCCUUCAAUCUCUACGGCCCAACAGAGUCCAGUUGUGGUUCGACUUGUAAAAGGCUAGUGUGCGGAGAGAAGGUGACCAUUGGAUGCCCUGUGCAAUCAACGCGAAUCUACAUCUUGGACCAGCACCAAUGCCCGCUUCCUCCUGGAGUUAUUGGUGAACUCUAUACAGCGGGGGUGCAGGUCUCGCGGGGAUACAUUAAACGGCCAAAAGAGACAGCAAGAAACUUUUUAAAAGACACAAUUUGCCCCGAGACGAAUCAAACAAUGUACCGAACUCAAGAUCGUGGUUACUGGAAUCAGUCAGGAGAGAUUUGUCUUCUGGGACGGUCCGAUAGACAGAUUAAGCUGCGAGGCUUCCGUCUUGACCUGGACGAUCUCGAAAUCAGAAUGGUUAAAGCCUCUAAUGCCACCUCGGUAGCCCUUGCUCGCAAGGAGGAUAUACUCGUGGCAAUGAUACAGCCUGAAAUCACAGAUAUCGCCUUGUUUGAGGAGGCGAUCAAAAAGGUGCUUCCGCCACAGGCGCUGCCUAGACUCAUCAAAGCCGUUGAAAAGUUCCCGCUGGGCAAUGCGGGUAAACUGGACUACAAGGCGAUUUCAACAGCAUUCUCUUGGGAAGAGGCAGAGGCACCGUCCCCUGAUCCCUCUGUGUCGCCAUCAAUCGCCAUAGACCACGUGAGAACUAAAAUUGCUUCUGUUUGGCGAAGCGUCCUGAAUCUGGACGAUGGUCAGACGUUAAAUGAAGAUUCAAGCUUUCUGGAGCUCGGCGGUCACUCUCUUGAACAAAUCGCCCUGUCCAGUCGCCUAUCCUCCGCUCUCAACACGCGAGUCACUCUAGCCGACGUGAUGAAAAAUAUAACUUUCGGCGACCAGGUUAAAAGGUUUAGGUCCCCUGCUUCACAUUCCGCCAACGGUCAACUAGUCGCUGGGUCAAGGCCUACUGGGCAACUCACUGGCGUCGGCGGCCAAAUCGAAGCUGCAUGGCGGUCUUUGCUAUGUCUGGAUAGCAACUACUCUCUCAAUUAUGAUUCAAAUUUCGUAGAGUUGGGUGGUGAUUCAAUCCUUCAGCAGAAAUUGACUUCUUUCCUGUCUACCAUUGGACAAGAGAGGAUACCGUUGCUCGAUGUCAUCAAACGCCCCCGUCUAGGCGAUCAGGUCGCUCUGCUCUCCGCUUCCCAUAUUGACCGUCAGGUGGGCGAGUCUGGGCCAAACACUGGCUCAGUUUUAGGCCACAGCACUUUAUCUCCGAUCGAACAAGAAUGGCUUCAAAAGUGUAAACUGGACAAAGGUUCUUCCUCAUUUAACGUGAAUUUUGUCUGUGCCUUGAGCCAGGAUUUAGACAUCAAGCGGUUGGAGCGGGCGUGGAACAAGGUGCUAGCACGCCAUGCCAUCUUGAGCUCUAUUUUUCCAAAUGAUCACAAUCGGGUGCAUUCCAAAACGCCACCCCGAGUGAUUCUCACAAAUAACAUUAGUAUUCGGCAGGAGGUCAACCGAGAAUUCAAGUUGCAUGAGGAGCUUCCCAUACGCGUAUUUAUUUCACCGACCGCCCUUGUCCUAGUGGCGUCGCACAUUGUUUUGGACCUUACAGCUUUGAACGUCAUUCUCUCGGAUGUUCAGAUCUAUUGGAAUGGCAAGAGUCCUGACACCGUGCCGAGGGACUAUGGCCAGACAAGUCAGUGGAGCCGCGAUAUUUCUCAAGACAACAUUGAUUUCUGGGGCCAUCUUUCAGAUUUACUCCCUUACUGUGCACCAACCCGCCUUAACUACGGUGGAAAGUCUCGGGUUUGCAAAAUACUGCCAGAGACUUUCCGGGCCAUGGUUCAUCUUUCUACGAAACACGGUAUUACACUACACCAACUUUCUUUGGCAGCAGUUGCGCUUGCAAUCCGACAUGGCGGCCCUGAUGGCAGGUCUGCCGUCCUUGGUUCGCCGUAUCUUAAUCGUGGCGUGGAAGACUUUGACACUGUUGGCCUUUUCCUAGAGCCGUUGGUAAUACGUGUUGACGACCCUUGGUCAAGUAAAGCAGAUUUAAUCUAUCGAAGCAAUAGUCAAGAGGACCCCUGGACUCUGGCGUUUUGCAAGAGAGUGGCUACGGCAAGCCAACAGGCCCUUUCUCACUCUAUGCCCUGGAACGAACUCCUCAAACAGCAUGCUGUCGUGUCGGAUCACCCAAACGUUCCUUUCAUCGAAGCAAUGGUGACGUUUCAUGAUAACCGUGGACGGGAACCGCUUUCCAUCGACGGGACUCAGCCAUUGUACACAUGGUGCGAAGGCGCCAAAUUCAAAAUCAUGUUUGAGUUCCUAGCUCUCAACAGCGACACCGCGAUGCUAAGAAUGGAAUAUGACACCCUGUUGUACAGUGAGACUGAGGCUAGUUAUAUUCAAUCCAGGGUGAUAGCGGCCAUUGAUGGGCUCACACAACAGUUGGACAGAGCAGGAAUUGAAGACAAAAUGCGGCAGGCCACGCUGAGCCAACAACACCCGAGCGACGACGGAAGUAAAUAUUUUGGCGCCAAGUUGGCCGAGUUGUAA